GUCUCCCAGGCAACACAGAGGGUCCCAGUUCCUCCUCCACCGUGCCCCUGCUCCUGGUCCGCACUGCAGAGAGCCCUGGCAAGCUGACAGGCUGCUGACGCGCAGGCCCACACGCAGCCCUGAGACAGGGACAGGGAAGGGAAGAGGGAGAGGCAGCCAGAGAGCCUGGGAAAGAGGGGCAUCCCUCCUGCUGGGACCUGGAUCAGAAAGGACCACCCCCAGCACAAGGCAGUGCACACCUGGAAAGCUCCAUCUGAGUCCUGGGCUCCCCCCUCCCCCAAUUCCUUUCCCACCCAGUGCUGCCCUGGUCUGCACCCAGAACCGGUUCCCCUCCCCCAGCCCCCAGUAGCAGCCCCCAAGAUGGCGCUAGCAGACAACGAAGCCAUGGAUGUGGAGAUGCUGCGGGACUGGUGCAGGUGGAUGGGCAUCAGCGCCCGCAGGGGUCUGCUCAUCCUGGGCAUCCCAGAGGACUGUGACGACGACCAGUUGCAGGAGUGCCUGGAGGGCUCACUGUUGGAAAUGGGCCAGUUUGAGGUGCUGGGCAGAGUGUUUCGAGAGGAGGACGAUGCCAAUGCGGCCCUCGUGGAGCUGGACCGGGAAGUCAACUAUGCUUUGGUUCCCAGGGAGAUCCCAGGCAUCGGGCGUCCCUGGAACGUGGUCUUUGUGCCCCGAUGCUCAGGCGAGGACUUUCUGGGUCGCCUGUUGCACGCCAUGGAACAGCGGGGGCAGACUGUAGAGAGCUUGGCCGAGGCCCUGGGGCUGGGGCUGAACAAGGUGUGCUGGCUGAGGUCUUUCAGUCGGGCCAUCCAGCCCUGGGUGGAGACAGUGCGGUACCAGCCCCUGGGGGUGUUCUCUGGGAGGAACCCGCCAGCCCCGGGGGAGUUGUCCUUCGAGCCCUGGCUGGACCAGGCCACUGAAAUGCUGCUGGUGUGGGAAGGGGUCCCCGAAAGGGAGAAAAGUAGGAGGCUAACAGAGGGCCUCCGAGGGGCGGCCCUGCAGGUGGCAUAUGAUGUCCUGGCAGGUCACCCUGUCAGGACAGUCCAGCAAUGCCUGGACGCACUGUUCCACGUGUUUGGAGACCGCGAGUCCAAGGCCAUCCUGCGGCUCAAGUGUGUAACCGCUGAGCAACAGCCCGGAGAGACUCUCUCUGCUUUCGUGUUUAGGCUGGAAGGCCUGCUGCAGAAAGCCGUUCGGGCGAAGGCCCUGGAAAAGCUCUCAGUAGAUCAACUGCGUGCGAGGCAGGUGCUCACCGGGGCCCACACUCUUGAGCAGCUGUCAAUGGCCCUGAGGCAGCUGCACUCGAUGGGGCAGUACCCAACUUUCCUGGAGAUGGUGGUGAUGGCUCAGGAGACUGAGAGAUGGGAGGCCAAAAUAGCCAGGAGCCUGAGAGCCCAGCAGGCACAAGGGGCUGCUGCCACGGCCACUGCCCAGGUGGAUGCCAGAGCCAAAGCUCAGGCCGAGGGUGACAAGGUGGAGGAGAAGCAGCGGGAGCAGGAGAAUAGUGAUAACCAUGCCCGGGCCCCUGCGGGCCUGGGUCAGAAAGAGCUCUCAGAGGCCUCCCAGAGAGAGGGAGAGAGAGAAGAAAAUGGACCAGGGACGGAAGGCGGCCCCCUGCCUGACCACAUGGGCAGCGCUUCCUUGGCAGGUCCAAGAGAUCCUGACUCUGUGCUAGGGCACCUGGUCCAGGCGCUAGACCAGGAGGCCGAGGAGCACUACCAGGAGGGGCUCAAGCCCAUCCUGGAGGAGUCGGAAAGUGAGGACGGGCCUGGGGAGCUGAGCCCCUCUAUGCCCUCCCCUGGCAAAUAGGCUCAUGAGGCCAGGGCAACCUCCUCACCCCACAUGGGGAGCAGGGCCCAGGGAAGGGCCCACCCAGCCCACUCCAAAUCCCUUAUUUCCCCAACAUCCUACGGGGCCCUGACCACCUCCAUCAGCCCUCCAAGUCACCAAGAUGACCAUGUUUGACACCCAAUGGGAUGGGGAGAGGUGCCCACACAAGGGAGCGCCACGCCUUGCCUCAGCCCCUGCCCAGCCUCUGCCAACUUGGGCAGCUGGCCUGGGAGCACCGCUGAGCAGCCCAUCUCAGCCUAGGAGAGGGGCACCUGAAGACAUCUGCCACCCGCGUGGAACUGGGAGACUUUGGAGCCCAUCUCGGGUGCCACUCUUGGGGGCCCCAAGUCAUUUCUCUAUAGCCCCAUAGUGACCCACGUGUCAAGUAAUCAUCCUCCCACCACCCCACAAACAGACCAUGAGUCUGUGCAGUACCACUUGGUGUGUGUGAACCCAGGUGGGUGUCCUGGCCUCUCCCCCGACCCUGCCCGGGGCAGCCACCUCUCAGCCCCGGCACAUGCUGUGAGCCCCACUGCCAGCCACGGCUCUGCCAGCUCUCGUCCAGUGUCGUGAGCUCAGCCUCUGCUUUCUCAGUAUAGAUUUAAGCCAACUGCUGCUUGUGCUUGUGAUGUGUGUGUUCUUCUCUGAGCAGUUUUUCCCUCCCCACCGCCAACAUCACCCACCUCGGAGACCCCGAGCCUGAGCCCAGAAGAACGGAGGAGAAGGGCGGACCAGGGCGCGUCUGGCGCUCACCCGGUGACCUGUGGCAGGAAAAAAUGGACCAGGGACAGAAGGCGGCUCCUGGAGGCUCCACGGGGACUGUGCUCUGAUAUGCCACCCUGUUGUUCCCUGUGACUCAGUUUCCUCAGCAUGCUCGAGUGUCCCCUGCUGUUUUCUCCAGUAUCUUGUGUCUGUUCAGUGCAGGCCACAGGGUAGGGCCAGGUCCCAACAUGUCGUCCAGAGCGGGGGGGGGGGGGGGGGGGGCGGGGAGCCCUGGAGUGAGUGGACAUCACCUGUGUCCAUGGUCC